GAAAGAAGGGGAAAAAUCAUUUUCAUGAGUAUGACUUGUUAAACCCGAGGGACCAAAGCCCUGAACAUGUUCCCCAUGAAUGAAGGCUGUCCCACUUGCCAAGCAGCCAGCAGCUUUGGGAUUCUGUGCUGCACAGUUAUGGAGCUGGUGUAUGCAGACAGAGCUAUAGCACUGUCUCAUUUCCUAGCAUGCUUUUGUAAUCACAGUUAAGCAAUAGGCCUGAUAGAGAUUUCAGUACAGUGUUUAAUCUUUGUCCCUUAUGGAUUUGUGUAUCUUUAUGACAGAAAGUGAUUCCACAGCUUGCAAUUUUUUUUCUUCUGUACUGAUCAUGGUGGAGAGCCAUAUAUUAUAUGACUUCAAUACUCAAAUAAGUGCAAGCAUUGCAAGAGACUUAUAUACCUCUCUAAUAAAAUGCGAUAGAUGCCCUUGGGACUGCUGGCUAUUGCCUGAGUAACUACAGGUGAAUGAGUAACAACUCCAUAAGUUUUCAGUACUACUUAAAAGUAAAGUUCACUGUCCAGUCUUCAAAUAAUUAGCAACUGUCUUCUCUACAAACACAGAAAAAAGUGACCUUUUCCAACAAGGCGUAAGCUGUUUUUCUCCAACCCAAGUCAUCCCGCGGAAUAAUUGGAUCAGCUUUGCCCACUGGCAGACCUUUUGUCUUCUAUGAAUCAACAUGGAAAGGAAUCUUAAGAAUGUUUUGGUCAUUUCUUUCGGAUUCGUACUUCUCUUUACUGCUUACUCAGGACUCCAGAGUCUGCAGAGCAGCCUCAAUGCGGAAGAAGGCCUGGGCGUUGCUUCCCUAAGCGUUCUGUUUGCUGCACUCACCUUAUCAUCCAUGUUCCUCCCCCCAAUCGUCAUCAAGAAGCUGGGCUGCAAGUGGACCAUUGUGGUCUCUAUGUGCGGCUACGUUGCCUACUCCUUAGGGAACUUCUAUGCUAGCUGGUACACACUCAUCCCUGCCUCUGUGAUCCUGGGCUUAGGAGGAGCACCACUGUGGUCUGCCAAAUGCACUUACCUCACUAUUGCUGGCACUUUGUAUGCUGAGAAAGCAGGAAAAAAUGCAAAAGACAUUAUCAACCAAUACUUUGGGGUCUUCUUUCUGGUGUUUCAGACUUCCGGCGUCUGGGGAAAUCUUAUCUCAGCCUUGAUACUUGACCAAUCUUCCAACAAAGUGGAGAUCACAGAAGAAGACCUGAAAUGCUGUGGAGCAUUCAACUGCCUGACUGGUACCACUAACUCCACUGAGUCAGCAAGACCCUCCAACUCCUUAAUCUACACACUGGUAGGGAUCUAUACUGCUAGUGGUGUGCUAGCUGUGUUGCUGGUUAGUAUAUUUCUGGACCAGAUCCAAUCUGACCAAGUAGAGACUGAGAAAGAAAAACUAGAGGCACCAUCCUUUUGGUCUACGUUCCUAGCGACUUUCCGGCAUCUUAAAGAUAAAAGACAGUGUCUUCUAAUCCCUCUGACAAUGUACAGUGGGUUUGAACAGGCAUUUCUUACUGGUGACUACUCCAAGGUAUAUAUGACCUGUGCCCUGGGGAUACAGUACGUUGGCUAUAUGAUGAUCUGCUUUGCAGGUGUAAAUUCCCUCUGCUCCCUGCUCUUUGGAAAGAUCUCCCAGUUCACGGGUAGAAAACUUCUAUUUGCAUUAGCCGCAGUUUUGAACACGGGCUGUAUAAUAACACUACUGCUGUGGAAACCUCAUCCCAAGCAGCUUCCUGUGUUUUUUGUCAUCCCUGCUCUUUGGGGCGUAUCUGAUGCUGUUUGGCAAACACAAACUAAUGCAAUCUAUGGCAUUUUAUUUGAGAAAAACAAGGAGGCUGCCUUUGCAAAUUACCGUCUCUGGGAAUCAGUUGGAUUUGUCAUCGCCUUCGCUUACAGCAACAUGUUGCAAGCCUACGUCAAAAUGUACAUUUUACUGUCUGUGCUUGUGCUGUCCAUGGUGACCUACGGAGCAGUGGAAUACCUCGAGGCUAAGAGCUCCCACAGGACACCUGCUGCUACCAAGAAGGAAAAUGGAAAAUCCCCCUCUCAGGAAACACACAUGUAAUCCAACAGGGUCAGAGGGAUGGAGGCAAAGCAAACUGGCCAGCUCUUUACAGGCACGUCUCCAAGGGCGUUCCAGUGUGUACUGUUUCCACAAGGAUGGUAAAGGAACAGAUUUCAAGGCUGCUAUGAUGCAAAUGUCUUGGGAGUAAAAACCUCCUUUGAGAUCUCACCUUUAUAAGGGAAGAUUAGUUGACUUUAUCCUUUCAUGCAGAUGACAAACUAAUAAAUAAAGUCUUAAUAAAUGUAAACAAGAUUCCUAAA